UAGUGAUGACGUCACGCCCGGCGCUUCCGCCAUGGUUUCCCUGGCGACCGGUGUGCUCUCCGCGCCUAGGCGACGGAGAUGCUGGCGAGGCGGCAGCGCGACCCACUCCAGUCCUUGCAGCGCCGCAGUCAGGAGCUGAAGCAGCAGGUUGAUGGGUUGCUUUUUGAGAGUCGACUGAAAGGAGCUCUAGAAGCAAGUAAGAGGAGAAAUAUAUACCAAAGAUGUAUCCAAUUAAAACAGGCAAUAGAUGAAAAUAAAAAUGCUCUUCAAAAAUUAACAAAAGCUGAUGAACCUGCACCAGUGGGAAAUUAUCAUCAGAAGAAAGAAGAGGAGCACCAUCUUUUGGAUAAGCUUACCCACCAACUGCAGGAGCUUGCCGUGUCCAUAAGCAGAGAAAAUGGCACUGAAACUGGGGCACUUACUGAAAGAGAGGAAGAGGAGAAUUCUGCUGAGGAAGAUGAAGAAGACGACGACGAAGAAGAAAGCGCAGAAAGUGGGGGUGAGGAUGAAGAAACAGAAGAGGAAGAGGAAGAGAAACAGGAAGGCGAAUCUCACCCAGAGGCCACAAGUGGAGAGUACAUUGCUCUUGGAGAUUUUAUGGCUCAGCAAGUGGGAGACCUUACGUUUAAAAAAGGGGAAAUUCUUUGUAUAAUCAAAAAAAACUCUGAUGGUUGGUGGAUGGCUAAGAAUGCCAAAGGAAACAAAGGCCUUAUUCCGAAAACCUACCUGGAGCCCUAUAAUAAAGAAGAAGGCCAAGAAUCAAGUGAAGAAAGCAGUGAAGAAGAUACAGAGGUAGGGGAUGAAGCAGCAGAAGGAGCAGAAGUCAAGCAAAGAACCGAUUCUCACUGGAGUGCUGUCCGGAAAGCCAUCUCAGAGCAGAUAAACACUGUUGAUGUGUUGACCACGAUGGGAGCUGUUCCUGCCGGGUUCAGGCCUUCCACCCUCUUCCAGCUCCUGGAGGAAGGGAAUCAAUUUCGAGCAAGUUACUUCUUACAGCCAGAGCUCACACCUUCCCAGCUGGCCUUCAGAGAUCUAAUGUGGGAUGCAAAAACCGGCUCUAUCAGGUCAAGACCGAGCCGUGUCUCCUUGAUUCUGACUCUCUGGAGCUGCAAGGUGAUUCCUCUUCCAGGGGUGAGCAUCCAAGUUCUGAGCAGACACGUGCGCCUCUGUCUGUUCGACGGCAGUGAGGUUCUGAGCAACAUUCAUACAGUCAGGGCCACGUGGCAACCUAAGAAGCCCAAAACAUGGACCUUUUCUCCCCAGGUUACUGGCAUCUUGCCCUGCUUGCUUGAUGGUGACUGUUUCAUCAGAUCCAAUUCUUCCUCUCCAGAUCUUGGGAUAUUAUUUGAACUUGGAAUUUCUUAUAUUCGCAAUUCCACUGGUGAGAGAGGAGAGUUGAGCUGUGGCUGGGUGUUUCUGAAACUUUUUGACGCCACUGGAAUUCCUAUUCCAGCAAAGACUUACAAGCUCUUCUUGAAUGGCGGCACCCCGUACGAAAAAGGUGUGGAAGUGGACCCUUCAGUAUCCAGAAGAGCACAUGGUAGUGUUUUCCAUCAGUUGAUGACAAUGAGGAGGCAGCCUCAACUUCUAGUGAAACUGAGAUCUUUGAACAGAAGAUCAAGGAGCACGCUGAGUCUACUACCAGAAACAUUAAUUGGAAGCAUGUGCUGCGUCCAUUUGUUGAUAUUUUAUCGCCAGAUUCUUGGAGAUGUUCUCCUGAAAGACAGGAUGAGCCUGAGCAGUGCAGAUUUAAUUAGUAAUCCAGUACUGGCCACCUUCCCCAAGCUCUUGGAGGAGUCAGACAUAAUGGAUGCACUCAGGAGUUCCUGGGCUGAGAAAGAGAGUACGUUAAAAAGAUCAGAGAAGAGAGACAGGGAGCUGCUGACGGCCGUGUUCCUGCUGGUCUACCACGACUGCGUGCUCCCCCUGCUGCACUCCGCGCUCCUGCCCCCGUUUAGGUGGGCCGAGGAGGAGACUGAGGCUGCCCGGUGGAAGGUCAUCGCCAACUUCCUCAAGCAAAACCAGGAAAAUGAGGGCAUCCUCCAGGUUCUGCUGUCGCCGGAGGGGGUCCAUGAGCCUUUCGACAUUUCUGAGCAGACCUAUGACUUCUUGGGUGAAAGAAGGAAGAACAUAGCCUGACAGCCGUGGCCUUUGACCCUCAGCUUCCCGCUGAGCCUGAUAGACCCCCCACGAUGCCCUGCACCACGUGGCCCAACCAGAACUCACGGUCCCGUCACUUCUCUGUACAGGCCACAUUCUAUAGGAAAUGUUUAUCUGAUCAUUUGAAUAUGUGUCAUACAGUAAAGCAAAUUUUUAUAAGUAA